GUGGUUAUUUUGGGUCCGAGUGAAGGGAAUGGGGAUAAGUAUGGGCUUGGCCGCGGGUUGGAGCGGUUCCUGGUUUCUUCUUGAUUCUUGGUUCUGCUACUGCUGGUCUUGAGUCUUUCGCGUUGAAGUGAAGAAUAUACUUGUGGGAUUGAGUCUGUUGUGCCCGGCGAUUUUUGAAGCUAGGUGUGCUGUGCUUCAGAGCGUACCUGCAAGUGAGUAUCACAGCUUAUAUGGUCCUAGAGGAACUCUACAUAAAUCUACCUCUACCUCUCUCUGUUGGACCCGAACCCAUAACCAAGCCAUAUCCGCCUCGAAGACUCCAAAGCCACUCCACAAAAACCACAACUAUGUCUUCCGCUACCCCAACUCACCGCCUCCUCCCCCGCCUCGCCCUCAAAGACAAAGCGGCCAUCGGCAUCGGCGUCCCACUAGGCCUCAUUCUCGUCCUGAUCUUAGGCACCAUGCUGUGGCUCAACAUGCAGAAGCGUCGCCACGGUCCCGUCACCGAGUUGGACGUGGACGGAACCGAGCUCGAGGCGCAGAAGAAGGCGGCUGCGAACCCAGUCAACAACGCGCAGAUUCGGUGGAAGCCGUACUAGAUCAAGUGUCGGGGAACAUGGGAGGGGCGGGAAGCUUUCGAGAUAUGUAGCGGAGAGUGGGGUUGGGUCGAUCGAUUGCGGGGACGAAGUCUUAUUCGCGGGAUGGAUCA